AUGGAUGGGACAAACAGAUUGACCAGAGCAGACAAGCUAAACUCUGGCUGGCUGGUGUGGUGUGGACACUGCCAACAGGUCUUGGACUGGCCGUGGUCAAUGAGUGGGCGCAAGUUUGUUCGUCACACCAGACCAGACCAGACCAAACUAAUCGUAAGCAUUGGCAAGGGACAGCUUGAGAAUACCCAUUUGCCAGGCACUCGGCCAAUACCAAGUCCAGAGCUGACGAACAAGGGGGGAACAAUAGGUGGUGUUGGUGGUGCUUCCACGAUCCGCGAUCCGCAAACUGGUCUGGUACUUGCGCUGCACUGUCCGCGUACAGGAGAAUUGGAGCGGGCGUCAAGAGCUUCUGGAAGCUUGGGUUCAAGAUGUGAAGAUGGCAAAAGGAGAGGAAAUAUGCUUCAGAUCACAAUAACCAAUGCCAAGUGUUGCAGAAAUAUGAGAUUCGAAUGA